AUGUCUGUUGGUCGUGUAUAUCGUAAAUCAUUUACAGUAUGUGGCAGUGAAGACUUUAUACAGAAUGUAUUAAAAAGUGAUAUUCCUGUAAUCGUCAACUUCCAUGCAGAGUGGUGUGAACCUUGUUUAACAUUAACACCUUUGUUAAAAAAGAUGGUUGGAGACUCACCAUCUGUACAUUUAGCAAUAGUGGAUGUGGAAAAGAAUGCUGAUUUGGUUCAUACAUUUGAGGUAAAAGCAGUUCCAGCUGUUUUAGCCAUUCGCGAUGGUCAUGUCAUUGACAAAUUUAUUGGGCUUAUUGACAAUGAUAUGAUCAAUGAAAUGGUGAAAAAAAAUAUCUAA